AUGGGUCGCUACGCAAUUCUUGUCUCUGGACCUGCUGGCUCGGGCAAGUCGACGUUCUGCUCGGCCUUGAUCGCGCACGCCCAGUCGCUUGGUCGCAACGUCCACCUCUUUAACCUGGAUCCUGCGGCUGAGCGCUUCGAAUACCAGCCAAGCAUUGAUAUCAAAGAGCUCAUCUCAUUGGAAGAUGUCAUGGAAGAGAUGAAUCUCGGUCCCAAUGGAGGACUUAUCUACUGCUUCGAAUACCUGCUGGACAACCUGGACUGGCUCGACGACGAGCUUGGCCAGUUCAACGACGACUACAUCAUCAUCGACUGCCCAGGCCAAAUCGAGCUCUACACGCAUUUUCCCAUCAUGUCACGGCUGGUCAAUAUCCUUUCGGGCCAGUACCACUUCCGCAUCUGUGCAACGUAUCUGCUCGAGUCGCAAUUUAUCGACGACAAGACCAAGUACUUUGCCGGUGUAUUGAGUGCGAUGAGCGCCAUGAUCAACCUCGAGGUACCGCAUAUUAACCUGCUUAGCAAGAUGGACCUAGUCGAAAAGGGCGAGAUCGGAUCCGAGGCGAAACAGGGACGUAGGAGGGAGAUGGAACGCUAUCUUGACCCGGAUCCACUGCUGCUGAUGGACGAGGUCAACUCUAGGACGAAUCCGAAGUUUCACUCUUUGAAUCAGGCGCUGGUUCAGCUGAUCGAUGACUUUAGCAUGGUCUCGUUCAUGCCACUCGACAGCACGGACGAGGACUCGGUGGGCACCAUCCUCUCUCACAUCGACAAUGCUGUCCAGUACGGCGAGGACGAGGAGCCGAAAGAGCCCAAGGACAUGGACGAAGGUGACUUUGCUGCUCACUAG